AUGACAGAGCGAAAAUCAACGACAUCACAAGAUGGCGGCGAAAAAGCAGCGGACCUAUUUCGUGUGGGUGUACGGAUCCCGCCGUUCUAUCCCGAGAAGCCGGCGCUAUGGUUUGCGCAGAUGGAGGCGCAAUUCGUGCUGUCCAAUAUAAAGAGCGAUGAGACCAAAUUCUUCUACAUAACGGGCAACUUAGAUCCGCAGUACGCAGCUGAGGUGGAAGACAUCAUCUCAUACCCUCCACCCACGGAAAAAUAUGAGAAGUUGAAAGGCGAGCUCAUCAAAAGGCUUUCGGCUUCGCGUGAGAAGAAAGUAAAGCAACUUCUCAUGCACGAAGAACUAGGCGACCGGAAGCCAUCCCAGUUUUACCGACACCUUCUUAACUUGGCCGGCCCUGGAGUCCCGGAAGAGUUCUUGCGCACCAUCUGGACGAGUCGCCUUCCCAGCAGCAUGCAGGCGCUCGUCGCUUCGCAGUCCAAGACCGACCUGGCAGAGUUAGCAGAGUUCGCCGACAGGAUCCAUGAUAUUGUGGGUAUCCAGGUAGCAUCAAAUUCUGCCAUUACAACACCGACUUCACCAGGUCAUGCAGGUAACCUAGUUAACCCUGAGAUAGCAGCACUUACCAAGCAAGUAGAAAUGCUUGCUAAUAAAGUGGACAGAUUGUCACGAGCUAGAGACCACUCGAGUAGUCGUACGCGUUACCGACAUCGAUCCGGUUCGAACCGGUCUGACGCUAGCUAUAAACGUUUCCCACUGUGCUGGUACCACCAAAAGUUUGGGGAACGGGCGAGGAAGUGCGUUAAGCCGUGCGAUUUUAAGGCGGGAAACGAGCGGGGCAAUCUGUAA